AGGUGAUGAUGCGAUUUUAGUGAAACUGUGUUUGUGAAUCAGUGAAAAUGUCGUUGGCGGGGUUUCGCAAGCAACUCAACAAAGCGAAUCAGUUUGUAUCUGAGAGGAUUGGUGGUGCUGAGGGCACCAAGCUGGAUGAUGACUUCACUGAAAUGGAGAGGAAAACUGACGUGACGGCUGAGGUGGUGGAAGAGCUCCAGACAAAAACGAAGGAGUUCCUCCAACCAAACCCAACAGUUAGAGCAAAAAUGGCAGCUGUGAAAGGGAUUUCCAAGUUGAGUGGCCAAGCCAAGGCAUCAACAUAUCCUCAGCCUGAAGGAAUCCUCGGGGAUUGUAUGCAAACAUAUGGCCGCAGACUUGGGGAGGACAACAUCUUUGCACAAUCCCUUGUGGAAUUGGGAGAAGGCUUGAAGCAGAUAGCAGACAUCAAGUAUGCUCUGGAUGAUAACAUGAAGCAGAACUUCUUGGAACCCCUACAUCACCUCCAGUCGAAGGACAUCAAGGAGGUCAUUCAUCACCGCAAGAAGCUUCAAGGCAGAAGACUUGAUUAUGACUGCAAGAAACGCAAACAAACUAAGGCUUGGAGUGGAUCUCCAGGUUUUUUUGCCAGCCUUCAAGGGAGCCCUGUCCAUGGUGAAUGCAAGUUGGAAAUUUCUUCUUAG